AUGGGAGUGGGAACUUGCUACCAUGUCGGGGCCGUUGCAAGCGCCCUCGUGAAGGUGCCACUCCUUCACUCCCUGCUGCUUGGCGGGCCUUGUUGGGCAGGUUGGCGAGCCUGCGCCGCUUUCUUCGGAGCCUUGCUCGGUCCAUCCCUGGCCGGGCCCCUUUCGUCCUGGGCAGACGAGGACUCGCUGAUGGCGCUGCUGGUAAUUGUCGGCGGUGUGACCUGCGCUGCGCAGCUUUGUGCCGCGGAGACGCUGCACGGACCGGUGGAGUCAGAGGACCCCGGCGCGGACUUGAGUAGUGAGGAGUCUGGUCAUUUGCUGGCAGGCUCGGCGGUGGCAACGCUUCUGCUGUCGGUUCAGGGCGCCCUAGUUCCCCUGCUUAUCCGCUCCUCCUCGAUGGCUGCUGGCGGUCUCGAGGUUGUCUCCGUGAUUCUGACAGGCGCUGGGCUUUUCUUGGCAGCCUGGUUGGCACGUCGUCUGGCACCACGGGGCGUGGUGCUGUCCCUGUUCCUAGCAUCUGCGAUGGCCGCUCUGGCUCUUCGAGGGGUCUUGCGGAGCCUGGGAGUCGCGCGGAGUCACGAGCUCACUUUCGCACGUCUCGCGCUGCAGACCGCCCUGGGAGGCCUGCUCGGCCUGGGUGUUGCGCUGCCUACGAGGCUCAGAUAUGCCGCUGCGCCGGCCACCGCUGAUGCUCUCCGAAGCUGUGGACUCGCUGCUGCCGCCUUCUUCGGAGAAUGCUUGGGCUUGACGCUGCAGCUGCUGCUCCUCCCUGUCUUAGGUGCCGAGCUCACUCUCUCUGCCAUGGCAAUGGCUCCCCUGAUAUACAGCUUUGCCAUGAUUUUGCGGCUCCCCAAGGCAGGGCGCAGCAAAAUUGGCGAAGAUGGGCUUAGCGACACGCUUGACCUGUCAGAGGGCCGGGAGGUCACCAAGUACGUCCGCGGCGCGAACUUAGGAAGAACCAGAUCUGAGAGCAGCUGA